GGGCCAGCACUCAACUUCUCUUUCUUUCUUCUUCUUUGUCUCUUUCCUCUCUUCACGUUUUCAGUUUCUGUCUAAAGAACACAAACCCAAGAAGAAGUCAGAGAAGAGAGAAAAAAGUUCCAUUUGUAGUUUCAUAUCAAAACAAAUCAUAUAUACUCUUCUUAAAUUUGUCUUACUGUAAUGUGGGCAUUGCUCAUUUGGGUUUCUUUGCUUCUCAUAAGUAUCACACAUUGGGUUUAUAGUUGGAGAAAUCCUAAAUGCAGAGGGAAACUUCCACCUGGUUCCAUGGGUUUCCCUUUACUCGGCGAGAGUAUCCAAUUCUUCAAGCCAAACAAAACUUCAGACAUCCCUCCUUUUAUCAAAGAGAGAGUUAAGAAGUAUGGCCCAAUUUUCAAGACCAAUCUGGUGGGGAGACCAGUUAUUGUAUCAACAGAUGCUGAUUUGAGUUAUUUUGUGUUUAACCAAGAGGGACGUUGUUUCCAGAGUUGGUAUCCAGACACUUUUACACACAUCUUUGGGAAGAAGAAUGUGGGUUCAUUACAUGGUUUCAUGUACAAGUACCUUAAAAACAUGGUUUUGACUCUCUUUGGCCAUGAUGGUCUCAAGAAGAUGCUUCCUCAAGUAGAAAUGACUGCCAAUAAGAGGUUGGAGCUUUGGUCAAAUCAAGAUUCAGUAGAACUCAAAGAUGCAACCGCAAGCAUGAUAUUUGAUCUCACCGCGAAGAAGUUGAUCAGCCAUGAUCCAGACAAGUCAUCAGAGAAUCUAAGGGCAAACUUUGUUGCUUUCAUACAGGGAUUGAUCUCUUUCCCUUUUGAUAUCCCAGGCACAGCUUAUCACAAAUGUCUACAGGGUAGGGCAAAGGCAAUGAAAAUGUUGAGGAAUAUGCUUCAAGAGAGGCGUGAGAACCCUCGGAAGAAUCCAAGUGAUUUCUUUGAUUAUGUUAUUGAAGAGAUUCAGAAAGAAGGGACAAUUCUGACAGAAGAGAUUGCACUGGAUUUGAUGUUUGUCUUGCUAUUUGCCAGCUUUGAAACAACUUCUUUGGCUCUAACUUUAGCUAUCAAGUUUCUCUCAGAUGACCCUGAAGUCCUAAAGCGUUUAACGGAAGAACAUGAGACAAUUCUGAGAAACCGGGAAGAUGCAGACUCUGGACUUACAUGGGAAGAAUACAAGUCAAUGACUUACACAUUUCAGUUCAUAAACGAAACCGCGAGACUAGCAAAUAUAGUUCCUGCAAUCUUCAGAAAGGCGUUGAGAGAUAUAAAAUUCAAAGGUAUGAUUUAAUAAAGGAACAAUAUAUAACAUUCUCAAUGAUUAAGUGCCUCUUUUAAUCUUUAUAUUAUCAUAAAGAGUUUGUCAAUGAUACAGAUUAUACGAUUCCAGCCGGCUGGGCGGUGAUGGUCUGUCCACCAGCUGUACAUUUGAAUCCCGAAAUGUAUAAAGAUCCUUUAGUCUUUAAUCCAUCAAGAUGGGAGGGAUCAAAAGUUACAAACGCAUCAAAGCACUUCAUGGCGUUUGGUGGAGGUAUGAGGUUCUGCGUUGGAACCGACUUCACAAAAUUGCAGAUGGCUGCGUUUCUUCACAGCUUGGUAACAAAAUACAGGUGGGAGGAGAUAAAAGGAGGGAAUAUAACUCGAACGCCUGGAUUACAGUUUCCAAAUGGUUACCAUGUCAAACUCCAUAAGAAGAGAGACUAGAGAAUGUUUUUUAAUUAGUGAAUAAUUGGUAGGAUACAUACGCUAUACAUUUUCCGAGACUGUAAUAAUCUUGAACACCCUAAUAAGUGAAAAGGGGAAGAUUUGUUUUAGGUUAAAGGCUAAGAAUCAGCUACAAAGGUGAAUACACAAUUUUGUUAGUAGCUUCUGUGUCUGGUCAGAAACUGUAAUGUAUAGUAUUAUUGAUCACAGACAUGGCAUGUGCUUUGAACUAAGUUCUGAUCAAAUCCUAUAUGUGAACUUCCUAAAAUAGUGUUUCUGUGCAUCUAUAUUUAAUGAAUCUAUCGG